AUGGAUCCCGCUAGGGAUUCGCAGCUUACUCAACCAACACAAACCGUCGUCGACCCAAGGCGACUGGGCCAGCAAACCUCGGGCUUUUCGGACGAAGACAUCGCAGACAUCAUAUGUCUCCUCCUGCCAUACUCGGAGCCUGCGCGCCAGGAGGUGAGGAGGAUUGCCGCUGAGAAUUCACAGCAUAUGGUGGGGCGAGAAGAUGUCGACGACCUCAGGCUCGAUUACACGCGGGAGGACGAGUCGCGCAAUUUCCCCGGCAUACAUUCUGAUGUUGGCGAGAACCACAUAGCCCUGCGCUUCUCGUCCCAGGUCAAGGAUCCGUCACAAGGCUUCACCUUCGGCAGGCACCCCGCUUUCUGCGACAUCUGCCUCCAAAAUGACCCGCACCGACGCCUGAGCAAGGUACACUUCCGCAUCUACCUGAACGAGCACGGUGUGUUGAUGCUUGAGGACAUGUCGACAAACGGGACCGUGGUCGACGAGGUGCUGCUCAAAAAGAAGGACAACCCGCGCUCCGAAACCAUGAGAACCUUAGAAAGCGGGUCCAAGAUCAAGAUCCUCAUGCAUCAAGCCGCCCUAGAUAUCGUCUUCUUGGUUCGGAUUCCAAUCCGCGAUGGGCCAUGCGAGGAGGAGUAUAAGCGCAAUUUGGACGCCUAUCUGGCGAACCAGGCGCUCUUUACCGCUGACCCCGGUGCAACCAUUGUUCCCGAGCCGGGAGGGCACGUGGAUAUAUUCAAACCAAGAGCCCCAAGACCGCCGGCUGCCCUUGGCCGUAACACAACGAAUGCCGUUACAGCCCUUCGAGCCCAAACGGCUGACAGCCGUUCGAGGCAGAGCAAAAGUACGAGGGACGCGCUUCCAAGGCCGUGGAACGGUUCGAACAAGUACAAUCGCGUGUGCGAAAUUGGAAGAGGUGCUUUCGCCACGGUACACAAGGUAACGAUGAAGUUCGAUGGACGUCCGUACGCGGCAAAGGAGCUGGACAAGCGCAAGUUCAUGAAAAACGGCGUUCUGGACCAAAAGGUAGAGAAUGAGAUGAGGAUCAUGCAGCGGGUCAAGCACCCGAAUAUCGUCGAGUACAUUGAGCACAUCGACUGGGACGACAGGCUCCUCAUCAUCAUCAUGGAGUUCGUCGGCGGGGGCGAUCUGGGCAAACUGAUUGCAGAUAACGGCCCCCUGUCAGAGAGCGGCACAAAGACGAUGGCGCGACAACUGCUCGAUGCCCUCGGGUACUUGCACGACAUGAACAUCACACACCGUGAUGUAAAACCCGACAACAUUCUCGUCAGCUCGCAAGCUCCGUUUGUUGUGAAACUCACCGACUUUGGACUAUCCAAAAUGGUUGACAACGAGCAAACAUUCUUGCGGACCUUCUGCGGCACGCUGCUCUACUGUGCGCCCGAAGUCUACUCCGAAUACGCCGAGUACGACGACCACGGUCGCCGCCAUCCACGCAACCGCUACCGUCGUCCGAAUACAGGCCAGAGAUAUGAUCAUGCGGUUGAUAUUUGGUCAUUGGGCGGCGUUCUCUUCUACGCCCUGACAAAGAAGCCGCCUUUCCCGGCCAGAAACGGCGCCAGCCACUCUGAAUUGCUUCACCAGAUCAUGACCAAGCCGCUAGACGUCUCGCCGCUCGUGGAGGCGAAUGUUUCUGACGAGGGAAUCGACUUUAUCUGUCGCAUGCUGGACCGGAGGCCCGAAACCAGGGCAACGGUGGAAGUUCUUCAGAACCAUCCGUGGAUUUCCGGCUCCUUCACCACCGUGGCGCAAUGUUCUGAGCAGAUUGCUGAGGAAGAGCUCCAUGUAAACGCCUCCCAGUUGAGUCUUGAAGACACACAGAGGAAACAGGCCGAGUGCCGGGAGUUGCGUGUACCGAGUGACGAUGAGAUCUCAGACGACGAGGACGUGGACUUCGACAAAGACGGACUUCUCAGCUACGAAUCGGAAAAGGAAAACUAUACCUUUGGGCCCAAUCACCAUCCCCACCGUCUUUUCGGCGAAGUCAAUUCCUCAGCAGUAAGGAGUUCUGGAGCCAUUCCAGCAGAUCGCCUGAACCUGCCAAUAUCGGCGGCCAGCUUUGGGUCCAACGCCACCACGGAAAUCCUCGGCAACGAUCUGGAGAUCAAGGACAGUUUCGAGUCUGAGGACAGUCUCACUCCUCGGCAAAAGUCGCAGAAGUCGCAGGCCUCGUCGGGUGGUCUCCGAGCCUCGGUUCUCUCCGCUGGUCAGAGCAGGUCGGUCGACGAGCUCAAUAACAUGACCUUUGACGUCGCCUCACAGAGCCUCGGGGGCGCCGAGUCUAUACUCGAGAACCUCAAUAUGAAAUCCCGCGGCGUAUCCCUUCUCCGCUCGCAUACCACGGGCGAUUUGAAUACCAGCAAGAGGAAGCCUUCGUCGGACGGCAGCGAGGAAGAUGAAGUUCCUGUCACAGAAGAUCGUCGGGGGCUCAAGAGGCUUCGGUCCGAGACCGAGGCCAGGCUUGCAGUCGAUAAAGCCAUUGAGAAUGGCGAGUACGAGUUGCUUGCGCAAAUGCCGUCCAUUAUGAGGGCUCAAUCCGGGCGGCAAAUCGACAACCCCGUGCACAAGUCAACCUACUGGUCAGCCCAGGACAGGAAGACAUGGCAUCUAGCUUAUCCGGAGAUGACGCAGCUGCAACUUGACGCGUUCAAGCUGGCCGCCUCGGCCAGGGAUGAGGAGUUUGGCCCAGGCAAGACGCCCUUGUGGGAUCUAGCCAUGAAGUAUUUCCCAGCAUCCAAUUGCGAACGUCGCCGCGUUGAUUCAGGCAAGCCAACUCAGAACGGCGGCGCAGAGAAUGGUAUGAUACCAUCCACAGCCGCUCCCGACGCGAGCAUCCCAGCUACUCCGCCAGAUUCAGACCAAGGAGGCAUCGCUGAGCUCAAAAUGCCCAUGCAUUCCGAUCCCGGAAGACCGGUAGUUGCCUGCCUGCAAUCUGCUCCAGGAUCCGCCAUCCCCUUGGUUACGAUCCUGAUCACAGAGUCGAUGGUGUCAUGGGGCAGAGCAACAGAGAACACACGUCUGUAUGCUGUCAAGAACGACCUUAGAGUGCCCAAAUAUGCAUUCAGGAUCCUCCUAUGGAAGCCACACUACGAUCCGGCCAAGAAUUUCCGGCCAUGGAACCGCGUGCCAGAGGUGGAUGAGGAUCUCUUCCACUUCUACAUCUCGACCAAGGCGACCGCGGGCAUCUACGUCAACGACGUCCACCUGCCCUCGGACGACGCGAGGAACCCCAGCGGGCCAUCCAAGUUCUGGAUGACGCUGUACGACGGCGACCGAGUGUCGGUGUGGCAAACGCCCGACGGGAGGGUCAAGUCGGAGCUCAUCUUCCGCUGCGGCUGGGGUGGCAGCGCCAAGCAACGCGCGACGAGCGUCGUGCCCUCGUCGCAGUCCGACUUUGCGCCCGAGGCGGUUGCGGCCAGGUUGGACGAGGUGUGCGCGCGGGCGGAGCGCAAGAUGCGCGGGCUGAGCGAGCACGACCUCAAGAUGGAGGAGGCCAACCAUGACGUCGAGGAGCGCAUGCGCAGCGUCGACCGAGAGAGGCAGCGCUCGCGUGAGUUCGAGGCCCGCCGCCUCGAGGCCUGCCGCGCGCUGGGGAUUCGUAGGGUCAGUCCCGCGCCGGGGGUAACGCUCGGCGAGGAAUCGGCUACCCAGACCCCCUGGGCGUCGUAUGGCACAGGUGGAAGGACGGUGCCGAAUUUUCGCCAUGCUUCGCCGAGUACGCUCGAGUUGUUGAGGGCCGCGAGGAGGGGUUAG